UUAAAUGUGCAUAUGGACCAAAGUGUGAUAGAAAAUAUUGAGCUUGAAACUAGGGAACAAUCUAAGUCAGGAGUGUGGGUUGAAGAGAGAAAGACCAGGUUAACAGCAUCCAACUUUGGGAAAGUUCUAACAAGGAAGGCCAAGCCAACAGAUAGUUUUUUAACCGAUGUAUUUAACCGGAAAAUGAUCUUCGCUGCACCACUAGAUUACGGCAACAGGAAUGAGAAGUUUGGCAAAGCAAAGUACUUGGAGAAAUUUCCAUCACACCAUUUACACCAGUGUGGAUUUGUGAUCAACAAGGAAUUUUCUUUCUUGGGUGCUUCUCCUGAUGGCAAAGUGUGUAUUGAUGGAGAAUGCGGAAUAUUAGAGGUCAAGUGUCCUUAUUCAGCCAGGAACUUGACUAUCAGCGAGGCAUGCAAGGAUGUCACAAGAUUUUGUCUUGAGAUGGAGGGCAAUGUUAUUAACCUGAAAAAAACGCACACCUACUAUGCACAAAUACAGGGACAGCUCAUGAUUACUGGCUGUAAGUUCUGUGAA